ACAGAGUUGUCUCACAUGAACGGAACUCUUCAGUAAAUAAAUUCAAGAUGGAGGCUGGAAGUAAGAAAGAAGGCCUGCCAAAAUUACGCGAUAUUUUAAGAAGACAGAGAGAUGAUUCCUUAUCAGAGAGCAUGACUGAAUGUCCAGAUAUUGAGUUUUUAUAUGAGGAUGCUGACACAUAUAAUGCGGAAUUAGCAGAACUAUUCAGUUACACUGAGGACUCCGAGUUUGAGCUGUCAAAAAAGAAAUUCGAAGAUGGCUUUGUGAACAAAGAUUGUGAAAACAAAUGGACAAAGUCCUCGGAAUCUGUGCAAAGGAAACACAUCGUCUUUCUACAGAAUGAACUGGAGGUUGUGGACAAAGAGCGACGCCUAAAUGCCAUGUGGUCUCUGUUAUAUCUUGUUCAAGGUGUGUACGGGGAGUGUAUUUCGGAGGAGGAACACCGCGACUGGACACACAGAAAUGUCCACCUGUUGUACGAGCAAGGACUCUUCACAUCAUUCGUGGAGCUUCUAUCCAUGGAGACAGAAAAUACAGCGGCAGCUUCUAUAGCCAUUAGGAAAAUGGCCGUCUCUGUGAUAGACAGUAGUGAUUUAAGAUUAAUUCUGAGUGUGCUGUACAUUAUGGUUGAAGUGAUGCGGAGUCCUCUAGACACAGAGUCAGACGAGCAGAGACACAACAGGUCCAUGUUCAUGGAGGAUCUAGUGACCCCAUUAGUAGGAGAUGAGAUACUCCCUGUGAUAUUGUUCAGCAUGAUCACCAAGUUCUGCAGUGGAAGUGCUCCACAUUUCCCCAUGAAGAAAGUCCUGCUUCUGCUGUGGAAAGUUGUGCUGGUUUCUGUAGGGGGACUAAGAGAAUUACAGAAAAAGAAGAAUGAAGUUCGAGAGAAGUAUGGCCUGCCUCCUCUCCCUGAGGACACAUACGAAGUUUGUAAAAAUAUGCGAGCUUCGUCCCCGCCCACAUCGGCAGCUGAUCUGAUUGAACAACAGAUGCCACGCCGAGCAUUCAGGGGAGGAAAGCGGAUGGAUCCCUUCAGCUUUUUUGACCUGAAGAGUAGCCUGGACAACGACCCGUUCGAGAACAGCAACGGGGAGGACAACAUCUUCAACGACGUGGACGGGAAUGCCAGACAGAGCAGUGACGAGGACACACCUCCCACCCCACCUCGCCCUGCCACCCCCACAGUCGUACACCAGAAAACUCUACCCUGGAAGCCCAAAGUCAGGCAAAAAGAUUUAGAACAAUUUCUUGAUACCACGAGAAUGAAGUUUGUUGGCUUUCAAGUCAAGAAUGACCUUGCUUCUUUAGCUGGAUUACCUCAUCCUAUACAUGAAGGGGUCAAAGUCUUAAAAGAGCACCUUUACAUAUCUCUGACAGAAAUCCAGAUCAAAAGAGAGGAAGAAAUUGCCAAAAAUCCCUUUUCAAAGCCAGAGACAGACGUUGCCAACUCUCCUGUGGAGAUCUUGUUCCAGGCCAUUCUCCCUAAUCUCCCCCAGUACAUGAUCGCCCUCCUCAAAAUUCUACUGGCGGCUGCCCCCACAUCUAAAACCAAGACAGACUCCAUCAACAUCCUGUCUGAUGUCCUCCCGGAAGUCAUGCCAUUAACAGUUCUGCAGUCAAUGAAACUAGGCAUUGAUGUCAACCGGCACAAAGAAAUCAUUGUCAAGGCCAUCUCAGGCCUGCUUUUGUUGCUGCUCAAACACUUCAAACUAAAUCAUGUGUACCAGUUUGAGUUUAUGAGCCAACACCUAGUGUUUGCCAACUGUAUACCCCUGGUGCUCAAGUUCUUCAACCAGAACAUACUGUCCUAUGUCACAGCCAAAAACAGUAUUCCAUGCCUGGAUUAUCCAGGCUCUGUAAUUGGCGAGCAGCCAGAACUAACAGCAGAGACUUUGGAGAGCGGUGACAACCAGCCUUACUGCUGGAGGAAUCUCUUCUCUUGUAUCAAUCUCCUCAGAAUACUCAACAAACUCACCAAGUGGAAACACUCCAGAACCAUGAUGCUGGUGGUGUUUAAAUCAGCCCCGAUAUUGAAGCGUGCCCUGAAGGUGAAGCAGGCCAUGAUGCAGCUGUAUGUGCUGAAGCUGCUCAAGAUGCAGACCAAGUACCUGGGGCGACAGUGGAGGAAGAGCAACAUGAAGACGAUGUCCGCCAUCUACCAGAAGGUGCGCCACCGGCUCAAUGACGACUGGGCCUACGGAAAUGACAUGGAUGCCAGACCAUGGGAUUUCCAGGCGGAAGAGUGUGCAUUACGAGCUUGCGUGGACAGAUUUAAUCAGCGUCGCUACAAUCCUCACAGUGCGGACCCAGACUUUAAACCCGUCGACACCUGUCUACACAGCGUGCUGGGGGAAGACAUUGACCUGACGGAGGAAUUCAAACAGAACUAUGAGCGCUGGCUAGAAAUGGAGGUGUAUUCAAAUUACAUAGACUGGGAUCAAGUGAUUAAUUGUUAAACAAUUGGAAGACAUGUUUUUAUACGCAGACUAGGACUUAUUUAUUGAAUUAUUGUACGGAAAAGAAUAAAUCAUGUGAUAAUGGA